AUAUUGAAUAAAAUUAAUACCCUAGUAACGGUCUAAAAAUCAUUUAUUAGUCACUUCUCUUCGCGCAAAAUUAAGUAACCAAUAAAUGCUAGUUUUAAGAACGUUUGUGUAAAUUUACAUUUUGCAUUGUAAACGAUAAAUAGGGACUAAGACUGGGGAUAUUUGUUGAAAUAAUGUCUUGUGGCCGGUAAUCUCUUACAAAGAACGUGUGGAAACUACGAAAUUUCAUCAUAUUACGUGAUUAUUAAAAACUUACAGUAAAUAUGGCCCACCAACUGUUUUAUUCGACAAGUAAAUUAGAAAGAUUUGUUUUGAGCUCCGUUUACAAAAAUGCUAAUAUAUUUCAGUUAAGAAGAUAUUUAUCAUUAAUAAGAAAUGGCAAUGAAACAAGUACAAUGGAGCACAUACGAAAUCAAUGGAGAUUACUGUGUAAUGAGCCACCAAAAGGAUUUGAAAAAUUUUAUAAACAAAAAAAAGUUUCUAGUAAAACAACUGAAAAAGUUACUGAAAAAGUCAAAAAAGGAUCAGCCAAAGAAACUUCAGAAUCACAAUCAUCUAGAAUGCACUCUCAAAAAUCCUCUAUGCAUUCUUCGAUUCCUGAUAAACGCCUUUUUUGGGAUUUUAAAUGGAAUGGAGGGAAUAAGUCAUUUGGAGAUAAAAAGAACGAGAAACUAUUUUUUAUUGGAAUAGCAUUAAUGGGAUUACUUUAUUUAUAUUUGCAACAAUUAGCAAAUCAAGCAACUGAAAUUACAUGGAAAGAAUUUAUAACAAAAUAUUUAGAUAAAGGAAUAGUAGACAAAGUGGAAGUUGUCAAUAAACAAUGGGUUCGUGUAAAGUUAAUGCCUGGAAAUUUCGUGAAUGGAAAAGAUUCUUUGUGGUUUAAUAUUGGUAGUGUUGAAACUUUUGAAAGAAAUUUAGAAAAUGCACAAAUUGAAUUAAAUGUAGAACCACAAAAUUAUAUUUUAGUGCAUUAUAAGGAUGAGGUAGAAUUACAUCAUAUUUUAAAGCUUUUACCACAAUUGUUCAUGUAUGGACUUUUAUUCUAUGUGUUCCGUAAAUCAGCAGAAUCAUUUGGUAAAGGAAGAAAAGGUGGACUUUUUGGUGCAUUAAUGGAAUCAACUGCAAAAUUGAUUAAUUCCAAAGAUAUUGGUGUUCGAUUUAAAGAUGUUGCUGGAUGUGAAGAAGCUAAGAUUGAAAUUAUGGAAUUUGUAAAUUUUUUAAAAAAUCCACAACAAUAUAUGGAACUUGGUGCUAAAAUUCCUAAAGGUGCAAUGUUGACAGGUCCACCUGGAACUGGUAAAACAUUAUUAGCUAAGGCUACAGCUGGUGAAGCAAAUGUACCUUUUAUUAGUGUAUCAGGUUCAGAAUUUUUGGAAAUGUUCGUUGGUGUUGGUCCAUCAAGAGUUCGAGAUAUGUUUGCAUUGGCACGGAAACAUGCUCCAUGUAUAUUAUUUAUUGAUGAAAUCGAUGCCGUUGGUAGAAAAAGAGGAGGCAAAAAUUUUGGUGGCCAUUCAGAACAAGAAAAUACACUUAAUCAACUUUUAGUUGAAAUGGAUGGUUUCAAUACAACUACUAAUGUAGUUGUGUUAGCAGCAACUAAUAGAAUUGAUAUUUUAGAUAAAGCUUUACUACGACCUGGAAGAUUUGAUAGACAAAUUUAUGUUCCUGCUCCAGACAUUAAAGGUCGAGCUUCUAUUUUUAAAGUACAUUUAAAACCUUUAAAAAUCACAUUAGAUAAAGAUCAAUUAGCUAGAAAAAUGGCUUCCUUAACACCUGGAUUUACAGGAGCUGAUAUUGCUAAUGUUUGUAAUGAAGCGGCUUUAAUAGCAGCAAGAGAUUUAAAUGAUAAUAUACAUUUAAAACAUUUUGAACAGGCUAUUGAAAGAGUUAUAGCUGGCAUGGAAAAAAAGACAAAUGUUUUACAACCGGAAGAAAAAAAAACGGUUGCGUAUCAUGAAGCUGGUCAUGCAGUAGCAGGUUGGUUUUUGGAAUACGCAGAUCCACUUCUAAAGGUUUCUAUAAUUCCUCGUGGAAAAGGUUUAGGUUACGCACAGUAUUUACCUCAUGAACAGUAUCUUUAUACAAAGGAACAAUUGUUUGAUAGAAUGUGUAUGGCACUCGGUGGACGAGUGUCGGAAGAAAUCUUUUUUGGUCGUAUUACUACAGGAGCGCAAGAUGAUUUACAAAAAGUAACUUCAAAUGCAUAUGCUCAAGUUAUUCAAUAUGGUAUGAACGAAAAAGUUGGCAAUGUUAGUUUUCAAAUGCCACAACAAGGCGAAAUGACUUUCGAUAAACCAUAUUCGGAACAUACGGCCCAACUUAUCGAUAAUGAAGUACGUGAGUUAAUCGAACAAGCGCAUACUCACACACGCAAUUUACUUACGCAACAUAAGGAAGAUGUAUCUAAGGUGGCUGAACGAUUAUUAAAACAAGAAAUUUUGAGUAGAGAAGACAUGAUAGAGUUACUAGGUCCUAGACCCUUCCCUGAAAAGUCAACUUAUGAACAAUUCGUGGAAGGUACAGGAUCAUUCGAAGAAGACACGACUUUACCAAAAGGUUUACAAGAAUGGAACAAAUCGAGAGAGAGUGAAAAAAAAGGUGAAAGAACAGAUUCUCCACCAGAAACAGUUUCGGGAUUGAGUUCUCAAAAUCAACCACAACAGCGAUUAUAAACCAUACCAUGGGUUAUAGCCUGUUAAGUACUUUGUAUUAUAGUUUGAAAUACAUAAUUGUAAUAAGUAGUGAUAUAUGAGUAUGCACUCCAUAGUAUUCAUUAACGAUAACAUUAUAAUUUGCAAUAUAUAAAGCUUCUAAGUACCAAUGAAAUUAAGUACUGUUUUACAAAAAAAUUUUCUAUAUCGAUCUAAUAUUUCUUGUCUUUAAUAUAAAGAUUAUUUACUACAUGACAAAGUGUCCUUUGGUAACAAAAACUAACUUGUGUAAAAAAAUGCAUAAUAAUGGACAUAAAUUAUUAAA